AUAUCUGCUCCCUCGCUCCUCCCACCGUCCAAACGUGUGCACGUUACAUACUGAACCCCCGCCAUUUCUUAUAUUCGACAAAGUCUGCCAUUCCAAUUUCCAUAGCCCACACCCUUCACAAAACUCCAAGCUUUCCAAAAGAGCAAUGUCAGUGACGUCGAGAUCAACGAGAAUUAUGGAGCUCCGAAUGCGCAAGAAAUGGAAAGACGGAGAAACAAGUCCUGAACGCACCAAAGUUCGGACUGAAACUUAUUCUAACCAUAAGCUCAAAUCUGACCGCAAAGUACCGGUUGUUUACUAUAUCUCCAGAAAUGGCCAACUUGAACAUCCCCAUUUCAUGGAAGUUCCUCUUUCCUCCCCUAAUGGCCUUUAUCUCAGAGAUGUGAUCAACCGCUUUAAUUCCCUUCAUGGAAAAGGCAUGGCCUCUAUGCAUUCAUGGUCUGCCGAAAGGAGCUACAGGAAUAGAUUCGUGUGGCACGAUCUGGAGGAGCAUGAUAUUAUAUACCCAACACAUGGCCAAGAGUACGUUCUCAAAGGAUCAAAGCUUCUCGAAAACGACGCAAUACCUUCACAACCCCGCCGGCGAAGAACGCCCAGAAUGGUCAGCGAAGAACAAGAGUUGGAAGAAGACCGGACCGAUGAACGGGAUAGUAAAGAACCCGACGAGGUUGAACAGAAUCAGAAUCGGUCCACGGAGCUGCUGAGCAGAGGACAAAUUACACUACUCUGUUGUUAUUUCUUCAUUUUUAUGUUUGUCUAUCAAUAUUUGUCUAUGCUUUUUGAUGCAUAAAAUAAGAUUUAAGAAGUCAAAGGAUGGAGAUCAUAUUUGCAUGGAAAAUCAACAGUUGGACAUAGUAGAAAUAAUAGGGCAUAUUGCCGACUUGCGGUGCUAUAAAACAAAACUAAUACUGUCUCUGUUCCAA